AUGUCCAGGGCAGGGGACAGGAGUACCACCAUCUACCCCACCUUAUCCCCUCUUUUCCCUAAGCAAACCUGCUCCCUGGUCUCUAACUCAAUAGCCUCACUGACUGCAGUAUGCCCCCAGGUGAAGACCAAGCCCUGCCACUGGGGCUGGAGAGCUGCAAGCCUGCUGUUAUUGCUGCUGGCACUGGCUACUGCAGGGGCUGUGGCUGGAGGGCUUCUUGGGUUUGCUCAUAGCCCUUCCAAGUCAUUGCUGCAGAUGCUCCGGCUGACCUUCCCAAGCCCCCAAGUGCCCUGGUCCAAUCAAACCACCAUCGUGGACGUGGCCCAGAAUAUGGCAACCAUUAUAGUGACUCCACCUCAGAGCAACCGCAGCUGGGCAGUGCUGUUCGACGGGCAGAGCGGCUGCAUCUGUUACCGCCCUGCAGAGCACCAGGCCUGCUUUCUCCGCCUGAUGGAGGCCCGAGAUCGGGAAACCCUGCAGCUGCUGAUGAACACCUCCAGGGCCCAAGGGUCUCUCAGCCAAGGUCAUGACACCCACCAUGCCCAGGAGCUGCUGGCAGUGCUUGGGAGCCAUACUGUGGAUCCUGCCCAGGUGGGGGCUUCAGUGCAGCACCUUUGUGCAAAGACCCCCAUCUACUGGGCCCGUCAAGCUGAGGGGCCCCAGAGGCAGCGGCUGAUCUAUCUCUGCAUUGACAUCUGCUUCCCAAGCAACAUCUGUGUGUCUGUCUGCUUUUAUUACCUCCCAGACUAAGCCCUCUGCCUGGCCCAGCCUGGCCACUGCCCCAUGGACUACCCAUGGUCCCACAGGCUAGUUAAGUUGGCUGUGUCACCAGCACCUGGAGGGAAGCUGCUGACAGGGACUAAUAAACAAUUCCACCUGG